AUGGAUAGACAAGGCCUUAUGGAAGAUGAAGCUCAGCUGAGCAGGUGUAGACUGGGCUGGUACAAAGCUACAAUAAAUGGCUCAUGUGGUAGCUACCUUUCCACAGCUUCUGGAUCAUUCUCUAGUCCAUUCUUUCCUGGAAACUAUCCAAUGAAUGUAAAAUGCAUCUGGAGAAUAGAAGUCAAGAACAAUUAUUAUAUCAGACUCAUCUUUAAGCAUCUUGAGCUAGAAUUUUCAUAUAAUUGUGCUUAUGACUUUGUUGAAGUCUAUGAUGGUCCUCUGAAUACAUCUCCUCUACUUGGGAGGAUUUGUGAUGGUUCAAAUUACACAUUUACAUCAUCUUCAAAUACAAUGACUGUUCUGUUUUCAAGUGACUUUAGUUAUACAAGAAGUGGAUUCAGUGCUUACUAUGAUUCGUUUCCAGAAAAGAACAAUGAUACAGUGAGACUCAUGAAUGGACAGAACGGGUGUUCCGGUCGCGUUGAAGUCCGCUACAAUGGAAACUGGGGAACAGUCUGUGAUGAUGCCUGGGACAUAAAUGAUGCAAAGGUUGUGUGCAGACAGCUUGGGUGUGGGCAGGCCAUUGAGGCCCCCGGUAAUGCCCGGUUCGGGGAAGGCUCCGGAAGUAUUCUCCUGGAUGACGUGGAGUGCAGAGGGAACGAAUCCUCUCUGUGGCAGUGUUCGCACCGGGGGUGGGGCACACAUAACUGCGCCCACCGUGAGGACGCCAGUGUCAUCUGCUCAGGUGAAAGUAAGCCGUUACGCCCCGUGAGACUCAUGAAUGGACAGAACGGGUGUUCCGGUCGCGUUGAAGUCCGCUACAAUGGAAACUGGGGAACAGUCUGUGAUGAUGCCUGGGACAUAAAUGAUGCAAAGGUUGUGUGCAGACAGCUUGGGUGUGGGCAGGCCAUUGAGGCCCCCGGUAAUGCCCGGUUCGGGGAAGGCUUCGGAAGUAUUCUCCUGGAUGACGUGGAGUGCAGAGGGAACGAAUCCUCUCUGUGGCAGUGUUCACACCAGGGAUGGGGCAGACAUAAUUGCGCCCACCGUGAGGACGCCAGUGUCAUCUGCUCAGACAUCCGGUUUGCCGUACCGGUGAGACUCAUGAAUGGACAGAACGGAUGUUCCGGUCGCGUUGAAGUCCGCUACAAUGGAAACUGGGGAACAGUCUGUGAUGAUGCCUGGGACAUAAAUGAUGCAAAGGUUGUGUGCAGACAGCUUGGGUGUGGGCAGGCCAUUGAGGCCCCCGGUAAUGCCCGGUUCGGGGAAGGCUUCGGAAGUAUUCUCCUGGAUGACGUGGAGUGCAGAGGGAACGAACCCUCUCUGUGGAGGUGUUCGCACCAGGGAUGGGGCAGACAUAAUUGCGCCCACCGUGAGGACGCCAGUGUCAUCUGCUCAGGUCCAUUAGUGAGACUCAUGAAUGGACAGAACGGAUGUUCCGGUCGCGUUGAAGUCCGCUACAAUGGAAACUGGGGAACAGUCUGUGAUGAUGCCUGGGACAUAAAUGAUGCAAAGGUUGUGUGCAGACAGCUUGGGUGUGGGCAGGCCAUUGAGGCCCCCGGUAAUGCCCGGUUCGGGGAAGGCUUCGGAAGUAUUCUCCUGGAUGACGUGGAGUGCAGAGGGAACGAAUCCUCUCUGUGGAGGUGUUCGCACCAGGGAUGGGGCAGACAUAAUUGCGCCCACCGUGAGGACGCCAGUGUCAUCUGCUCAGCUUCUGUGGAUUACACAACACCGGAAAGAGAGAACUCCUUUUCAUCCACCUCCGCACCAGAGAGCACUGGGCCAAUAUCUACCCUAGAACCACUGGCUCGAGCUAAUGAAGCUUCUGUGGAUUACACGACACCGGAAAGAGAGAAUUCCUUUUCAUCCACUUUCACACCAGAGAGCACUGGAGUAAUAUCAACCCCACAACCAGAGACUACAGCUAAUGAAGCUUCUGUGGAUUACACGACACCGGAAAGAGAGAAUUCCUUUUCAUCCACUUUCACACCAGAGAGCACUGGAGUAAUAUCAACCCCACAACCAGAGACUACAGCUAAUGAAGCUUCUGUGGAUUACACGACACCGGAAAGAGAGAAUUCCUUUUCAUCCACUUUCACACCAGAGAGCACUGGAGUAAUAUCAACCCCACAACCAGAGACUACAGCUAAUGAAGCUUCUGUGGAUUACACGACACCGGAAAGAGAGAACUCCUUUUCAUCCACCUCCGCGCCAGAGAACACUGGGGCAAUAUCAACCCCACAACCAGAGACUACAGCUAAUGAAGCUUCUGUGGAUUACACGACACCGGAAAGAGAGAACUCCUUUUCAUCCACCUCCGCGCCAGAGAACACUGGGGCAAUAUCAACCCCACAACCAGAGACUACAGCUAAUGAAGCUUCUGUGGAUUACACGACACCGGAAAGAGAGAACUCCUUUUCAUCCACCUCCGCGCCAGAGAACACUGGGGCAAUAUCAACCCCACAACCAGAGACUACAGCUAAUGAAGCUUCUGUGGAUUACACGACACCGGAAAGAGAGAACUCCUUUUCAUCCACCUCCGCGCCAGAGAACACUGGGGCAAUAUCAACCCCACAACCAGAGACUACAGCUAAUGAAGCUUCUGUGGAUUACACAACACCGGAAAGAGAGAACUCCUUUUCAUCCACCUCCGCACCAGAGAGCACUGGGCCAAUAUCUACCCUAGAACCACUGGCUCGAGCUAAUGAAGCUUCUGUGGAUUACACGACACCGGAAAGAGAGAACUCCUUUUCAUCCACCUCCGCGCCAGAGAACACUGGGGCAAUAUCAACCCCACAACCAGAGACUACAGCUAAUGAAGCUUCUGUGGAUUACACAACACCGGAAAGAGAGAACUCCUUUUCAUCCACCUCCGCACCAGAGAGCACUGGGCCAAUAUCUACCCUAGAACCACUGGCUCGAGCUAAUGAAGUUUCUGUGGAUUACACAACACCGGAAAGAGAGAAUUCCUUUUCAUCCACCUCAGCACCAGAGAGCACUGGGGCAAUAUCUACCCCAGAACCACUGGCUAGAGCUAAUGAAGCUAUAGUUAACACACAAGAGACCAGUACAACUAUUCCUCCAUCUACUACACAGGAGCCCAUUACUACAUUACCAACUCCUCCACCUACCACACGAGAGCCCAGUACUUCAACUAUACUCCUUACCACACAGCAGACCAGUAUGACUAUCUCUGACCAUUACAUGGCAUCAGGAGAAACAGCUCCUCCUGAUAGUACUGAAGCACCCAAGACACCUGUGGCACUUACAUGUCUGCCAGAAUACAUGCGUGCAGUCAUUAGAAAAGCCUAUAUCAGGUCAAAAGGCUAUUUUUCAUGGAAUUUUCACUUGAAUGACCCAACCUGUAGACCUAUGGUUACAAAAUCUGAUGUUAUAUUCCAUAUACCUUAUGAUGGCUGUGGUACAAAAAGUGAGGUAAAUAAUGGGACUAUUGACUACUCCAACACAGUCAGAGCAUCCACUUCUGAUAAGUUCAUCACCAGGGCAAAGAGUCCUCAGUUACAUUUCACUUGCAGAAUGAACCAGAGCAUGAUAGUAGACAUCAUGCACAUCGUCAACGAGUCCGACUCUUUAGAAACUGAUGAAACUCAGUAUGGACGAUUCAAUGUGAAACUUUCCUUUUAUGAAUCACCAUCAUUUUCAAGCCCCGUGAAUGAUUUCCCAUACUUUGUUGACCUAAACCAGGACUUAUACAUUCAAGCCACUCUCUACAGCCCUGAUCCAAAUCUGAUGUUGUUUAUAGACACAUGUGUAACAUCUCCUGAUUCCCAUGACUUUACAACUGUGAAAUAUGAUUUAAUCAAGAAAGGGUGUGUAAAAGACGAUACCUACACUGCUUACUAUUCAUCAAACAAAAAAAUUGUUCAGUUCAAUUUUAAAGCCUUUCAGUUUUUUAAUGGAUACUCUACAGUUUACUUCCAGUGCAAAAUGGUGGUGUGCAAGGUGUAUGAUUCUUCUUCCCGAUGCUACCAGGGCUGUGUAACUAGGACCAAGAGAAAUACAAGUUCUGGCCAGGAAAAUGUGAUAGUUGUUGGGCCAGUUAAGCUCAAGUAAAAGAAUCCCAGUAACUCAGAUGGGCAUAUUGUCAAUUUAAUGUGAUGUUAUUUCAAUCGCUGUUAACAUCAAAAGGAUUGGUUCAUUGCAUGAUUUCCUGCUGAUGAGCUCUAGUAGCAUUUCUACCAGUGUAGCAAACUCCUAAUAAACAGAGUACUUGAUUAGUGAUGGUAUACAUCUGAAUAUAUUCCUUAUCUGUCUUUACCAUUCCCUAAUUUCAAAUCUGUCGCAUUUACUUCCUAGACAAAUAAAAGCCUAUACUUCUCGUCAAUAAAUAAUCUUGGUUAUAAAAGUAUAGGUGAAC